GUUGAGUUUGGAACGCGUAACCGUUAAAACGUACAGACCUCUUGGAGCGGAAGUUUCAACCAUUUUCUGCGCGUAUAUUUGAAUAUAUAUUUUUUUACGCAUAACAUACAAAUUAUAUAUUCAAACAUUAGGAAACUGAAACAUGCAGCGAUUCCAAGUUAGCAGUGUCCUAAUCCUGGCCUGGAUUGCCUGUGGACAUGCCCUGGCCGUGGGAUCUCCGGAGUGCCCCGAGAAGUACGGCGUGCAGGCCUACGCCCACACGGAGAACUGCGACCAGUUCUUCCUCUGCACCAACGGCACCCUGACCCUGGAGACCUGUGAGAACGGACUGCUCUUCGAUGGAAAGGGAGCGGUGCACAACCACUGCAACUACAACUGGGCGGUGGACUGCAAGGGUCGCCAGUGGGAUCCCACUCCCAUCUCCACGCCUGCCUGCGAGUAUCAGUUCGGCCUGUAUGCGGUUUCCAAGGACUGCUCCACCACCUACAUCAAGUGCGCCCACGGAGAGCCCCAUGAGCAGGACUGCGACGCCGGAUUGGCCUACGACGAGAGGAUCCACGGCUGCAACUGGCCGGAUCAGCUGCUGGAUCACUGCAAUCCCGAGGCUGUCGUCGGCUUCAAGUGCCCCACCAAGGUGGACCCGAACUCGGUGGCCGCCCGCUUCUGGCCCUUCCCCCGCUUCCCGGUCUCCGGCGACUGCCACCGCCUGAUCACCUGCGUCGAGGGACAUCCGCGCCUGAUCAGCUGCGGCGAGGACAAGGUCUUCGACGAGCACACGCUGACCUGCGAGGAGCCGGAGUACGCCAGCGGCAACUGCGCCAACUACGGCAAAUAGGGAUCGCCGAUCGUUCCGUACAUGUAUAUACUCACGAACCAACUACAGUGCAAUCUCGAUUAUGUGAAUGCUAAAAUUAAAAAUUUAUAAUUUGUUUGCUGCAAAUUUCGAACGAGUUGUUGUUGAAAAAUA